CGUCAGCUCUGACUCUCAUUGACGCUUCAUUUAUUCACCUCAUCCAAAUGGAAUAAACUCACCAUGAAGUCCUCCUGGGGAAUGUCAUGUUCACGGUCCUGGUCAUAGUUGACAGAAUCUUGCAGUCACAGUCCUUUAACAUCGGCACCUCGGGGGUUAAGAUCUUCAAUGGACCAGCAUCAGAAGAGUUUGGAUACACAGUCCAACAAGCAACAAACCAUGAAGGCAAAUGGCUGCUGGUCGGCGCCCCAUGGAGUGGAAACCAAAACAGAAAAGGAGAUAUUUACAAAUGUCCAGUCUCAGGGUCCAGAAACAACUGUGAGAAGCUUAAUCUUCAAGAUUCUGUUGCCAUCCCAAAUGUCAAAAACAUCAACAAUAACAUGAGUCUGGGGUUGACUCUGACUCGGAUGCCCACAGUCAACGGUUUGAUGAUGUGCGGUCCACUUUGGGGUCAGCUCUGUGGCACCCAGGACUUCUACCCGGGAAUAUGUGCAAAAAUGAGCCCACUCUUUCAACCACAACCAGCCUUUUCUCCUGCUGUUCAGUCGUGUGGAGGUCCUAUGGACAUCGUGAUCAUUUUGGAUGGCUCCAACAGCAUUUAUCCUUGGGAACCCAUGACUGAAUUCCUCAAGAAACUCAUACCAUCUCUUGAAAUUGGGCCCAGUAACACCCAGGUCAGUGUCAUUCAGUACGCUGUUGAUGCCAGGUUUGAAUUCACACUGCAUCAGUAUCGGACCAAAAAUGAGGCGGUUGCUGCAGCUUCAAGAAUCACACAAAUGUACGGUCACUCUACCAAUACUUUCCAAGCCAUCCAGUAUGCCAUUCAGUGGGGCUUCCAUCAGAGAAACGGAGGCCGGCCAGACGCAGCCAAGGUGAUGGUGGUCGUCACUGACGGCGAAUCUCAUGACAACGCUUUCAGAGAUACAGUCAUUGCUGAGUGUGAGAAAGAAGGCAUCACCCGCUUUGGUAUCGCUGUCUUAGGUUAUUACUCCAGAAACAAAAUCAACACAGACAAUCUCAUCAAAGAAAUCAAAUCCAUCGCCAGUUUACCAACCGAGAAGUUCUUCUUCAACGUGUCUGAGGAGGCGGCCCUCUCCACUAUCACUGGAACACUGGGGAACCGCAUCUUCAACAUAGAAGGUACUGGAAAAGGAGGUGAUAACUUUAAGAUGGAGAUGUCACAGGUGGGCUUCAGCGCUCACUACUCCAGACAACAGGACGUGAUGAUGCUCGGAGCCGUGGGCGCCUACGCUUGGAGCGGGACCGUUGUUCAUCAAACGGGAUCAGAAGUAGACAUUUUCCCUUUCUCAGCCUUUGAGUCAACACUUCAAGACAGAAACCACAGCUCAUUACUGGGUUACUCAGUCAACACAAUGACUGAUGGACUUACAGAAUACUUCGUGGCCGGCGCACCUCGCUCCAACCAUUCUGGACAAGUUAUUGUCUACACUGUCAAUGCCCAGAAACAAAUCACAGUUAUUGAUUCAGUCAGAGGGAAACAGAUUGGAUCCUACUUCGGAAGUGUCCUGUGUUCCCUGGAUGUGGACAGAAAUGGAGUGACGGACCUGUUACUUGUGGGUGCACCCAUGUUUAUGAGUGAGCCGAAGAGAGAACAAGGUGCCGUCUUCCUGUUCUCUGUGACCAAAGGAAUCCUGAACGAACAGGGAUUUCUAAUCGGUCCACCAUCAACUGAAAAUGCUCGUUUUGGAAUGGCCAUCUCUGCUGUUCCCGACCUGGACCUUGACGGCUACGAUGAUGUUGUCGUUGGGUCACCGCUGGAAGACAAUGGAAGAGGCGCUAUUUACAUUUACAACGGGAAGAAGAAGACACUGAACAAAGAGUUUUCACAGAGAGUUUUGGGCUCCAGUUUGGAUCCUCAGGUGCAGUUCUUUGGACGGUCCCUGGACAGCUACAAAGACCUGAAUGAUGACACCCUCCCUGACAUCUCAGUUGGUGCAUAUGGGAAGGUGGUUCAGCUCUGGUCUCGAGGAGUGGCAACAGUCACAGCUACGGCUACUUUCACUCCUGAUAAAAUUAAUGUCUUCAGCAAAGCCUGUGACAUACAAGGACGUAAGCAGUCAUGUUUCACUGCUAAGGUCUGUUUCACUGCUGUGUUCAGGCCUAAGAACCCUGUUGGGCCCAUGGACAUUUCCUACACUCUGACUCUGGACGCUGAUUUGCAGUCUUCACGAGUAUCCAGAGGUCUGUUCUCCAAAAACAAUGAACGUUUUCUCACAGAAAAAGCCAAAGUAUCGUCUACGCCGCUCUGCCAGGUCUACCAAGUGUAUGUGCAGGAGGCACCAGAUUUUGUCAAUUCCUUCAGUCUGAAGGUAGAGAUCGAGCAGCAGAAUGCAGAUGUCAAUCCUGUGCUUGACGUCUCCUCCACACAUGCCUGGGCCUUCUUUAUUCCUUUCACUAAAGACUGUGGUUCUGAUGAAGUGUGUGUCAGCGAUCUGGUACUGAGUGUAACAACAGAAACAAAAGGAUCCAGCUCGGAGCCGGUGUUGGUCAGUGCCAGCAACAAGGAGCUGUCGUUUGAGGUUAUUGUGAAGAACAAAAAGGAGAACGCCUAUAACACACAGGUUUUGGUCACAUACUCCAGUAACCUCUACUACUCCUCGGUGUUUCCUCUGACAGAUGGAGUCAGAUGUACGUCAACAGAAGCACAAACUGUCGCCUGCCAAGUGGGAUACCCCUUAUUAAAAAAAGAUGACAAGGUCACAUUUAGAAUGAAUUUUGAUUACAACUUCAAUCAGUUGCAAAACCAAGCUGAGGUGAAAUUUGAAGCUAAAAGUGAUGGAAAAGAGGAACGACCUGCAGACAAUCGUGUGGACAUAUCCAUUCCUGUUCGCUAUGAUGCAGGGAUAGUUUUAUCUAGGGAGUCAAAUAUUAAUUUCUACGUGGCAGAUGCUACCAUUCCAGUGGUUACAACAGUGAAAACUCUGGAUGACAUUGGCCCAGAGUUUAACUUCACAGUUAAGGUCUCAACAGGAAUCUUACCUGUGAGCCUCGUGUACCUGACCAUAGCUCUGCCAACGACCAGCAAAGGUGGAAAUAAGCUCCUCUACAUGACCAAUGUGAACACACAAGCUGGAGGUUCUGUCAGCUGUGAUUCCAGUGGACACGUUGACCCGCUGAAGAUUGGGCUGAAGACUCACCAAGUAUCCUUCUCUGAGGAGAGCUUCAGAGGCAUUGAAAAAAUGGACUGCAACACUGCAAAAUGCGAGUAUAUAAAAUGCAUUAUCAAAGACACUGCAGUAAAAACGGACUACUUUAUAAAGAUCAAAACCAGGAUCUGGAGCGGCUCAUUCACCACAGCCACCUAUCAGACUGUGGAGCUGACCUCCACCAUUGAUGUUGAGACUUCUAAUCCUGAUCUGCUCAUUAUUGGCCUCAAGGAGCUUCCUGUGGUGGUGACAAUCAAUAAACCUGGGGAAAAAGGGGACGUUCCAGUCGGAGUGAUCGCCGGCAGCGUCAUCGCGGGUCUGCUGCUCUUGGCUCUGGCUGUCGGACUCCUAUGGAAGUUUGGCUUUUUCAAACGGAAGUACCAACAGCUGCAGAAGGAGGGUGAUGACGACGCUGUAGAUGAAGCACUGUAGACUGAACACACACCCUCUGGGUAUUUCCAGGGUGGAUACAGGUACUUUCACAGAUUCCUGUAAAGUGCAAAUGGACUACAGGUCAGUCACUGGGAAACUUGGUAUUGACAAGAAAUGUAAAUGAUUGUGUUUGUGGAUAAACAGGAUUCAUGCUUCUGUCCUUUUUACAGAAGGUUACUGCUAUUAGAGUGUGCGUUCUGUCUGCUUAACUGCAGUGACUGUGGCUGUUGUGCACUGACUCGGAAUAAAUGUAAAAUGUCUUUUUGUUUCAACCUGUAAAAUAACUACUUUAAAAAUGCCACAUUCAACAUAGUAAAUAAUGGUUUCUUAUUUCCUGCCAAAACUUUUUUUUUUUUUUUUACAAAUUCUCUUUGAUUCACAAAACAAAGUAAAAAAAAAAUUGAUGCAUUUUAGUAUUUGAAUUAGAAUUAAUUACAUUGAAUUAUAACAAAUACACAACAUAUUUCUAAUAUAUCAUGGCUCAUAAGCAACUACAUCAUAUUGUGCAAGUACAAAAAUAUGUCUUACAAAGACAAAUCAAAGAGACACAAUUUUUGUUGUCACAGUUUUUCUUCUGUUUGUGUUUUGAUGAUUUUUUUCACAAAUGUCCUGAGUAAUUCAUCCUUCAAAACAGCAGAUGGCGUCCAUUUAAGGACCAUAAUAGUAGUGAUUUGUUCCAUAUCGAGGCAUGUGUUGAGUAAUCCAGGCAGUGCUAUGUGAAGUGUGUGUCGAGGCUUGUAUCAGUGAUGUAUGCGGUGUCAUCCGAAGCCUCGCUGGCCGGCCACACCCCCCUCUAGUUCAGAAAGUGGUUUGUGAUUUGGCGCGCGACUCGAAAUAAAUGUAAAUGUAAAUGAAACGCUAUGGGGAUCCCUCACAUUCUGAGCAUUCUGACUGAUUGUGCAUUGACUAUCAACAACAUUUGUGUGAUUGAUAUGGAGCCUGCAAGAAAGAGACAGAUUUCUCCCAACAAGCGUUCACAUACACAUGCACAUUCCAAGGUUAUAAUAGUUUUGGAUUUUUCAUUAUAGUUUAGUUUUAUUUAGUUCUGACUUUUUUUCUCUAAUUCAGUUAGUUUUAAUUAGUUUUU